AUGCUGCCCAUGAUCAAACUGGGCGGUCUCGUGGCGCGCACGCUGACGAAACCGCUGGCGCGCGUGGUCAAGACCCGCGCCAAAGUGCACCCGCUCCUUCGCGCCGUCUGCACGCGCUUGGGGCAGCAGCAGCACCGCGUGACGAUGCAGCUCCACAUGGGCUUCCGCGGCAUCUCGAGCUACACGAUCAAACCCGUGUCGCCCGACGAGGCCGUCGACCAGGGGGCCGACUUGAUCGGCGAGCUCCUGAUCUUUGCCGUCGCGCUGGGCGUCGCGUCGCUCGAGUACUCGCGCGCGGCGGCCAGUGCGCGUGCGAAAGAGGCCAAGCAGAAGGAGCAGCAGCAGCGCGAAGAGCGGGCGGUGGAGCUGCGGUUCGCGUCCCUCGAGAGUCACGUGGCGUGGCUCGAAGACCGACUGGUGGCGUUGACGAGUGCGCUCGAGAGCGAGCGGGGGGAGACGCUCGAGCAGCUGCAGGCCCAGCAGACGAGGAGAGAGGCGGCACGAGGUGAGGAGACGCGGCGCGAAACGGCGGGACGGGGGCGAGGGCGACCUGCAGCGACCGAACGAGACGGACAGCGGUCGCUGUCGGUUGCACAGCUCUGGACGAGCACACAGGACGCAGUGACGCGGCUGUUCAAGUGA